AUGGCAUUAGAGAAAGAAGAUAUUCGAUCUUUUAUGCUUGAAACGAUGUUAUCAAAUUACAUUCCAGAACCAAAAACGACUGAAUUCCCAAAAGCUAGCAUAUGGAACGAAGUUGCAAGUCAGUUUCAAUUUGUGUUUGUAAAAAAGGAAGAUAACCUAACAAAAAUUUGGCAGGCUGUAAAUCUUCAAAUGUGUAAGUGUUUCGAUGAUCAAAGUACAGAUUUAUUAAAAUGGAACGAACCGUUAAGUCAACCAUCAAGCAAAGGUAAAGAAGCGGUGACAUUAGAAAAAUUAAAGCUAAGUGAUGCAGCAUUGGAAACAAUAUCGCCUGAGCUAUUAAUAGAAUUGUUACAACCAAUCACAAAGAAGGCUGAAGCUGGUCCCGUCUACAUACCUAGGUUCAUACGGCAACCUAUUGUUUCAGUUAAUGUUUUACUUAUACCAAAGGUUGUAUUUGUACUACUAACAGGCGGUGUUCCAAUAAAUUAUCAUGUAUUAAAAAGAUUUGGAAUAACGAUGCCGUGGCACAUAUAUAAUCUUUAUGCUAACGAACGUGUUAUUACAGAAGGUAAUACAAAUUUUGACCCAGGUAAAAUAAAAAACAUUAUUUGGAACAAAUAUGCUAUUAGUUCGAAAGAGUACAAAUACAUUGAAGACAAUAUAAAUAAAGUUCGAAAAUGUCGAGACCAAACAGUUCACUACCUUAGAUUUCUCGAUGAGAACAAAUUAGAAUGGUUACGCUCCACCAAAAAUACAUAUCAAGUUAAACCUUUUCUCGUUUCAAGUCCAGAAAAUUAUUUACCCGAUUCAAGGCUAUUUCAUUAUCUAACGUUUAAUAUCCUAUCAGGUAACACCGGGGAAGGAAAAUCUACUCUCUUAAAGUUUCUGGCGGACGAUUCUCCUGCUGAUGUAUGGGUGAUAAAAUUAAAUAUAAGGGAAGUAGAUGAAUAUAUAGAAAAGGGCGAAUUCUCCGAAAUAAAAAUUUUUCUCUACCAUCAGAGUAUAGAACAUUUCAACGGAUUUAAUCAGUUUUCGUUGGAACUAUUUCAAAGUUUAUAUGAUGAACUGAAUAUAGCAAUUAUAAUUGAUGGAAUAGAUGAAGUUGAAUAUAACGUAAACAUAGAAAAUUUUUUAGAUGCAGUUAAGACCCUUGGAAUUAAAACUAUAAUUGCAACACGACCCUCCUUAAAGAGUGCUCUAGAAAAGAAGUUUCAAAUGCCUUUACUAUUACUAAACCCAUUUAACAACGAAGAUUGCAAAUCACUGAUGAAGCUUACUUUACAAAAUAACUAUGAUGAACAAGAAGCCCAUAUAAAAUUAAUUUUAGCAAAAAUAUCCCAGUGGGAUAAUGCCGUAGGAGUUCCUUUAUUGUUAAAAUUGUUUUUAUCGCUACUCAAAGACGGAAGUUUAUUAGAUUUUAAAAAAUUUGAUAUAAGCGACUUAUUCGAUAGAUAUAUAAGAGAACAACUGACAAAAUUAAAGAGUUAUAACAAAUUUACAAUAAGGACCCUUUCAAGAUCGGCUCUGUUUGUAUUAUAUAAAGAAAAUGCAAUCUCAGAGUUGUUCGCAAUUGAAGAAUACCUUGAGGACAUCGAAGAAAAGAUGGAAGUUUUUAUAAAGUCUAAUUUAUUUGAAAAACAUAAUAGUAAUAACAUUCCUGUAUUCGCACACAAAUCUUUGGCAGAAUUUUUGACAGCGAAAUAUUUAUCUAAACUAGCAGAAAAACCAGUUAGUGACGUAUUUCACAAAUUUUUUAAGAGCUUAUUUUAUAAGGAGAUGGAAACUGUUCGAUUAUUUUUUGACAUAAUAACAUUAAAAGGUUCUGUACUACAAGGGAUUAUUACUGGCAAUAAUCAUACAGUUUUAUGUCACAAAAUCAAUAAAAAUUUGGUAGACAAGUUUGGAAGACACGGAUUGCAUAUUGCAGCUUCUUACGGAAAUAAAUGUGAGUUACGAAUUUUACAGUCAUUUUGGUCGGGGGUGAUUAUAUAUGAGCCUUAUAACAAUAUAUUUGUCAAUAAUGUUAUCGAGCUCUGUCAAAAAUUUGAAAGAAGAAAUGCCGUGCCGUUAAAUUUUGUAUGUGAACUGUUACAAAAAGGUUUAGAUCCAUUUCAGAAAGAUAGUUUGUUUGAAAUGGAUGUUUUUGAAUUCGCAAUUGAAUCAGGUUCGUUAGAAAUUAUUGAAGCACUAUUUAGUAAACAAUUUAUAAAACAAUUAGAAAACAUAAAUGUCGAUGUUCUCUUAUGUCAUGUUGUGAGAAACGGGUAUGUAAACGUAUUUAGAGAAAUAAAAAUCACAAAUUUUAAAUUAAAGGUAUUGCCUGCCUUGGACAACUUAUUACAUAUAGCUUUGUCUAGUGAAAACAUUGAAAUAAUAAAAGAACUAACUAAUGGCGCCAUUCCCAUUGACGAACAAAAUAAUUUUGGAUAUACGCCACUCAUUAGUUGGUUGACUUCAUCAAAAUUAGUGAACUCAAAUGAAUAUUUGCUUUCGAAUAUCAUUAAUAGGAACUCACCACUUAACAACAACCAGUUGAAUAUAUUAAACCAUUUAAUUGACAAGAAGGUCAAUCUGAAUGCAGUUAAUGGCUUUGGUGAAACACCACUCCAUGCAUUUUGUGGUUCUCAAGAACAAUCUCUAAUCGAAUUACUAAUCCGAAAUGGCGCUGAAGUGAAUAGAAAAACAAAUCUGGGAGCGAUACCCCUUCAUUAUGCUUCACAAUUUUCAAUAGAAAAUGUUAAAUUACUUGUAAAAUAUAACUCCACUAUUGAUUUUUCGAACUUUCAAGGAUUCACUCCCUUAUGCUGCGCUGUGGAAAACAAUAAGAUAGAUAUAGUAAAAUAUUUAAUAAGCAGAGGGGCAAAAGUAAAUCGAAGUAAAACAGAAGUAACUCCAUUAAAUGUUGCAGUUUCAAAGGGUCAUUUGGAUUGCGCAAGGUUAUUAUUAGAAAAACACGCUAAAAUUAAUAACACUCAAAUAAAUAAUACCCUGGCAGUUGCUGUUGCUUCUGGAUCCUUAAGUUGUGUUAAUUUAUUACUUGAAGAUAAAGCAAAAGCUUAUAAGGAGCUAUUCCACUUAGCCAUUUCAUUGAAUCAAAAACAAGUCAUAGAAUUCUUAUUAUCUAAAAAAGUAAAUAUUAAUACAAACACAGUUUUGAAUAAACUACUUUUUCAGGCUAUAUAUACAGCCGACAUUGAUUUAAUUGACAUUCUUAUAUCACACGGGGCAGAUGUUAACGCAAAGGAUACUCAAAGUGGCGAUAAUCCACUACAUGUGGCAUGUAUCUUAGGAUUAGAAAAAGUUGCAAAACAUUUAAGUAAGCACAAAUCAGUAAUUAAUAUGGAAAAUAAUAAUGCUAAGACCCCAGUAAUUGUAGCUGCUGAAACUGGUAAUUUAGAAAUCUUAAAAAUUCUUUGUAAUAACGGAAGCGAUUUACCGAAAUAUGGUUCUAUUGCAUUAUAUCUAGCUGCUAGAGGUGACCACAGUGAUGUGGUUGACUAUCUUAUCUCGACUGGUGUUGAUGUUAACGGCACUGAUUUAAAAGGCCGAGCUCCAAUCCACCAUGCAUCAGGAGAUAACUUAUAUUAUGUUAAAUAUUUAAUUCGAAAGGGAGCUAAUUCUAAUUUAAAAACUGUCAAUGAAGGUUUUACUCCAUUAAUGAUAGCCGCUGAAAAAGGACUUUUGGAUGUUGUACAAUAUCUGACAGAAGACGGAGCUACGGUAAACGAAGAAGACAAAAAUCGGCGUAUUGCUUUGACAUAUGCAUCACAAGAAGGUCAUUUAGAAUGCGUGAAAUUUCUCAUUGAUAAAGGUAGUGACGUAGAGAAAUAUGGACCUCUGGCUAUAAGUAUUGCAGUCGCUAGAGGACAUGUUACCGCAGUAGAAUGUCUUAUUUCAGCAGGUGCUGAUAUAAAUGGAAUAGCAGACUAUGAUAGGGCCCCAAUUCAUGUAGCAGUCUUAAAGAAUGAUUUAGAGAUCGUUAAAUAUUUGUUAAAUAACGGAGCUGAUAUUAAUUCAAAAACUCUUCUUUACGGUUGGACACCACUAAUGAUCGCAUCCAUAGGUCGUAAAGACAUUGUUGAAUAUCUAGUCAAAAAUGGAGCUAAAUUAAAUGAAGUGGACGUUUUUCGGUUUACUGCUUUAAUACAUGCAUCUCGAGGAGGUCACCUAGAAUGUGCAAGGAUUCUUAUUGAUGAAGGUAGUGACCUGAAGAAGUAUGGACCAUCUGCUCUAUAUAUAGCUGCUUAUUACGGCCAUGUAGAUAUAGUAAAUUACCUUUCAUCAUUGAUAGCAUCCUGCCGGCGAUCACUUCUACAAUUUACUUAUNUAAAGGUAUUGCCUGCCUUGGACAACUUAUUACAUAUAGCUUUGUCUAGUGAAAACAUUGAAAUAAUAAAAGAACUAACUAAUGGCGCCAUUCCCAUUGACGAACAAAAUAAUUUUGGAUAUACGCCACUCAUUAGUUGGUUGACUUCAUCAAAAUUAGUAAACUCUAAUGAAUAUUUACUUUCGACAGUCAUGAAUAGGAACUCACCACUAAACGAGAACCAGUUGAAUAUAUUAAACCAUCUAAUUGAUAAGAAGGUCAAUCUAAACGCAGUUAAUGGUUCAGGUGAAACGCCACUUCAUGCUUUUUGUGGAUAUCAAGAAGAAUCCAUAGUCGAAUUAAUAAUCCGAAAUGGCGCUGAAAUAAAUAGGAAGACAAACCUGGGAGACUUACCUCUUCAUUACGCUUCACAACAUUCACUGGAAAAUGUUAAAUUACUUGUGAAACAUAACUCCAUUAUUGAUAUUUCAAACAGCAUUGGAUACACUCCCUUGUGUUACGCAGUAAAAAGUAACAAGCUAGAUAUAAUAAAGUAUUUAAAAAAAAAAGGAGCAACAGUAAAUAGAAAUAAAAAAGAGCCAAGUCCGCUGAAUAUAGCAGUUUCAAAGGGCUAUGUAGAAUGCGCAAAAUUAUUGAUAGAAAAAGGUGCCAAAAUUAAUAACAAUAAUUGUUUAAAAAAUAAUACCAUAUUAUGGACUUAUGCCUCUGGAGAUUUAAGUUGUAUCAAAUUAUUACUUCAAAAUGGAGCAAAAUUUAAUGAAUGGCUGCUAGGAAUGGCUAUGAUAACUAAUCACCAACACAUCGUUAAAUUUCUUUUAUCCAAAAAACUACUUGUUAGUAAAAACAUAAACUUGAAUAAACUAAUUUACCAAGCUGUAGGAGCAAACGAUACUGAUCUAUUUGAUCUUCUUAUAUCAUAUGGGGCAGAUAUUCAUACAAAAAGUGAAGAAAAUAAUGGCGAUACUCCACUACAUUUGGCUUGUUUGUUAGGAUCAGAAAAAAUUGUAGAACAUUUAAGUAAACACAAAUCGCUAGUGAAUGUGGAAAAUAAUACUGGUCAGACACCAGUGUUUCGAGCAGCUGAAUCUGGUAAUUUUGAGGUUUUAUAUAUUCUCGUUAAUAAUGGAAGCGAUUUAAGUAAGUAUGGUUCUGAUGCAUUAUAUAUAGCUAGUAGGAAUGGUUACAAUGAUGUAGUUGACUAUCUCAUCUUGGCUGGAGCUGAAGUUAAUGGAACUAACUCAAUGGGGUGUGCUCCAAUUCACCAUGCAUCAGAAAGUAACUUAAAUUGUGUUGAACAUUUGAAACGAAAAGGAGCUGAUAUUAAUUUGAAAACUGUUAAUGAAGGUAUUACUCCACUAAUGCUAGCUGCUACGAAAGGACUUUUGGAUAUUGUAGAAUAUUUAACAGCAAAUGGAGUUAAUGUAAACGAAGAAUGCAACUCACGUCUAUAUACUGCCUUGAUCUUCGCGUCUGUAAAAGGUCACCUAGAAUGUGUAAAAUUUCUAAUUGACGAAGGUAGUGAUCUGUGCAAAUAUGGACCACUGGCUAUAUAUUCUGCAGCUUGUGGAGAACAUGAUGCCAUAAUAGACCAUCUUAUUUCUGCAGGUGCUGACAUAAAUGGAAUAAUAGACAAUAAUAGUGCUCCAAUUCAUGUUGCAAUUCCACAUAACAAUUUAAAAGCUGUCAAAUAUUUAUUAAAAAAGGGUGCAGAUCCAAAAUCUCUUCCUACAGGUAAUACUCUUUUAAUGCUAGCAGCUUACAAAGGUCACAAGGAGGUUGCCCAGUAUUUAGUGGAAAAUGGGGCUCAAAUAGACGCAAAAAAUACUGAUCGGCAUACUGCUUUAACACUGGCGUGUCAGGAAGGUCACCUACCAUGUGUAAAAUUCUUCAUUAAUAAUGUUUACGAUGUUCACAGAUACGGGCAUCUUGCUUUAUACAUUGCAAUUCGUAAUAGUCAAACUGCUAUAGCUGAAUUUCUUAUUUCAGUAGGUGCUCAUAUAAAUGGGUUUAUAGACGGUGACAAAGCAGCAAUUCAUAUUGCAGCUACGAACGAUGAGUUAAAGGUAGUGAAAAAUUUAUUACACAAAGGAGCUAAUAUUAAUUCAAAAACUCGUUCUACGAAUUCUACACCACUAAUACUAGCAGCUUAUAAAGGCUAUAUAGAUAUCGUGGAACAUCUAGCAGAACAUGGAGCCGAGUUAGAUGAAGAGAACUUAAAUUGCCGUACUGCUCUAAUAUUUGCUUCUCAAGAAGGUCACUUAGAAUGUGUAAAAUUCCUCAUCGAUAAAGGCAGUAACGUGAGCAAAUAUGGACAAUUCGCUAUAUACAUUGCAGCUGCUCGCAGACAUAUCGCUGUAGUAGACUACCUUAUAUCAGCAGGUGCUAAUAUAAACGGAAUAUGCAUAUGCAUAUGCAUAUGUAUGAAUAUGCAAUGCAUCUUGCAGUUUUACAAGGGGAUUUAGAUGUCGUGAAAUGUUUAACAGAAAAGGGAGCUGAUAUUAAUUUAAAAACUCGUUCCGAAAGUUGCACACCACUAAUGCUAGCUGCUUUCGGAGGUUAUAGAGAAAUUGUGGAAUAUCUGACGGAAAACGGAGCUUCACUAAACGAAAGAAAUACGGAUGAGCAGAGCGCUUUAACAUUAGCAUCUGAGGGAGGUUACCUAGAAUGUGUAAGAUACCUCAUCGACAAAGGCGCUCAUUGACUUUCAGAAAUAAAUAAAAAAGGAAUGAAUCGGUGUUAAUAUCGCUAUUAAUAAAGACAAGGAUGUGUAUAAAUAUGGAUCCUUUGCGCUCCAUAAACAUGUUGAAGUAACAUCUUCCUUCAGGAGGCACCGACAUAAAUAUAAUUACAAAACUCUAAUAAAUAUUUAUUAAAGAAGCUGACAUUAAUUUGAAAGACAUUUGUGGCAAUACACCACUGAUACUGGCAGCAAAAAGGAUUUAAAGUUAAUGCGACACAUUAACCAGAAAAGGGAGACACAUUGGAUGUUGUUUUUGCUUUGCCUGUCCCAUAAAUCUGUCUGUUAUUGUUAGAUUCAAAAUACAGGAAAGUACCUUGCUAAAUAAAAUUGAAGCAGAUUUAGAACCUAUCCAACACAUUAUCAGUUUCCAUUGUAUGUUUCCUUGAAAUAAGGUCCUAAUGAGUUGAAAAUUUUAUAAAACGAGGCAUGUUAAAUGCACUUGACGUUAGAUGGUUAUCCGAUUCUCUAUUGUUCUAAAACAGCUGCCGGCGAUCACUUCUACAAUUUACUUAUGUUACGGUUACUUAAGGUCUUUGAAUCGCAUUACUUACCACAAAAUACAUAUGUAGAAAGAAUUUAGAUUUAUUAUUUAUACUCGUCCACUAUAUGCUAUGAGGAACACGGAAGAAUUUUCCAACAAUUAAUGUAACACUAAAUGCUGCAUUAAACGUUACUUGUUGCCCAGUUCGCUCUGCAAGUUGUCAUCGUCAAGAGAAUAUUUCUUAAUAACCUUUUAGACACACAGAUGCAGAUGCAGACAAUUCACGCGCCAGGCACUUUUUGGGUCAUUUGACUGGAAAAAGUUCGUAUCAGCCUGUCCUAACUGGUUUACAUUUCGAAAUGCAUGGUGUUAACAUUUUGAAAAAUAUUGCGUUAGGGUAAAUGCCUUCGAAGUCCAAAUUUUACCAGUCUAAAUCGAAUAUCUUCAGAAAUAUUUCGUAUAUUUUUAAAAAACAUCUGCUAUCUUAAAAUUUUCUGCUUGAACUACAUUGAAAUGUAUAAUUUAUAACAGUCUCUGUGUUUUAGGAGAAAAUAGUAUAUAUUGUGAAAAAUUUAUCAAAACAUAUUUUACUACAAUGUCGUGUUUCUAUUUAAAGUUUUUCAUGGACAAUUAUUACAAAG